AUGAACCACAUCUGCACAAGCCCCAUCAAUGGAGUCAGCUUCUCUCCGAGCCCAGGUGCUGAACUGGCCCCCAGAAACGCUCCCAAGACCUGGCGGCGGCAGCAGCUGCCCCCUCCGCACCGCAUGGAUCCAGCGUCCACCUCUCACCGCUGGCCUGGGGAGCGUCAGGAUCGUCAGCCACCGAGGCACGGCCUCCCUGGCACCUGGUCACCCCCUGUCAGCCACCAGGGCUCCAGCCAUCGGCCACCUGCACCGCCCUGGCCCCUGCUGCAGCCCCUGUGUGGCCGAGAGAGAAGCAACCUGGCCGGGGUGCGGCACAUCCUGCUGGUGCUCUCCGGGAAGGGCGGCGUGGGGAAGAGCACCAUCUCCACUGAGCUGGCACUCUCGCUGCGGCACUCCGGGAAGAAGGUGGGGAUCCUGGACGUGGACCUGUGCGGCCCCAGCAUACCCCGCAUGUUCCAGCUGCAGGACAACGACGUGCACCAGUGCGACAGCGGCUGGGUCCCCGUCUUUGUGGACCAAGACAAGAGCAUCUCGCUCAUGUCCAUCGGCUUCCUGCUGGAGAAGCCGGAUGACGCCGUGGUGUGGAGAGGACCCAAGAAGAACGCUUUGAUCAAACAAUUUGUUGCUGAUGUGGCCUGGGGGGACCUGGACUUUCUCAUUGUGGACACGCCGCCGGGCACGUCCGAUGAGCACAUCUCCACGGUGGAGGCCUUGCGGCCCUACAAGCCGCUUGGAGCAAUCCUGGUGACAACGCCGCAGGCUGUGUCUGUAGGAGAUGUAAGGCGAGAGCUGACCUUCUGUAAGAAGACGGGCUUACAAGUUCUCGGCAUCGUGGAGAACAUGAGUGGCUUCGUCUGCCCGCACUGUUCGGAGUGCACAAACAUCUUUUCCAAAGGGGGAGGUGAGGAGCUGGCCAAGCAUGCUGGCGUCCCCUUUCUAGGCUGCGUUCCCCUGGACCCCCAACUCAGUCAGAGCUUGGAAGAAGGCAGAGACUUCAUCCGAGAGUUUCCCAAGAGCUCUGCCUUCCCUGCCUUGGCUCGCAUCGCCCAGCAGAUCCUGGACGGUGCGUCACAGCGGAGCUCCUGAGGAGGGCAUGGAGCUGGACUCUUGCUGGCGGAGCCCCUGGCCUGGCAGCGCCACCAGCCCCCCGUGCCGGCGGGGAAGGGGGACGCAGAAACUGUUUAGCUGUAAAACU